AAACACGUUUUGAGGUUAAAAAGACGAAUCCUAUAUAUAUACACAAUAUAUAUAUAUAUAUUCAUAUUCUACGUAUAUGUUGUGUAUGUAUGUAUAUAUACGUGUGUACGUGUUAUGUAUAAAUGUAGUAACAAUGCAACGGACGAGAAAUUCGUACGGUGAAAGUUUCGUUGUAGGUUGGAUCGAAUCGAAAAUUUAAGUCUCGCUUUUCCUGCACCCUAUCGUGACAUUUGCGAACCUAUCCAGAGGCUUUCUUUUUUUUUGUUGCGAAGAAAAUCGAGGGGGAUGAUUUUGUAUAUGUGUUUCCGAUAUCCGAACGGAAAAUGACGAGGAUCGAACGAAUCCUCGAAGCCAUCGAUCAUCCUCUGAAAUGAGAGAGAAAGAGAAAGAGAAAGAGAAAGAGAAAGAGAGAGACGAAAAUAGUGAGGAACGCGCGUGAACGACGAUAAUGCUCAAUCCUAACGAUUGUCCUUGAUAGUGAUCGUAUAAAAAACGUUUUGGCUAUCGUUAUAAGUGAAGAUGGCAGACGACGAAGGAACCGAAUGGCUGCAAGAACUUCUGCACGACGUACAACUUACCCAGUUCUUUACGAGAAUUAGGGACGAUUUACAGGUCACUCGGUUGCAUCAUUUUGAUUACGUUCAGCCAGAAGAUUUAGAAAAGAUCGGAUUAGGCAAGCCAGGCAUCAGAAGACUUUUAGAUGCUGUUAAGAAGAGACGUAAUACUCAAUGGAAAAAGAAUUUAAUUACUAAAAUCAGACCUGGCGGUAGUACAAAAAGUAAUAAACGAUCUUCUCAGCCGAUCGAAGGAUCUUCCGUGCUAACGUGUCUUAUCCAGGACAAGGACGUGACUCUGUCUAUUAAAUUAGGCGACGGUAGUUUUGGUGUGGUCAGGCGAGGAGAAUGGAUGUCUCCUACUGGUAGAACGUUACCUGUCGCGGUAAAAGUUUUGAAGGCGGAUGCUUUGACCCAACCAAGUAUUAUAGAAGAUUUUGUGUCCGAGGUUCAGGCUAUGCAUACUUUGGAUCAUCACAAUCUUAUAAGGCUGUACGGAGUCGUAUUAUCUCAGCCUAUGAUGAUGGUAACGGAACUUGCGCCUUUAGGAGCUCUCUUGGAUUAUUUACGAAAACAAUGCUGCCGUAUAUCCGUUUUAACGUUAUGUAAUUACGCUUUACAAGUAGCUACUGGUAUGGCAUAUUUGGAGGCCAAACGUUUCCUUCAUAGGGAUCUAGCUUGCAGGAAUGUUCUUUUAAGUACAGUGGAUAAAGUGAAAAUAGGUGAUUUUGGUUUAAUGAGAGCUCUGCCUCAGCAAGAGGAUUGUUAUGUUAUGACGGAACAUAAGAAAGUGCCGUUUCCAUGGUGUGCUCCCGAAUCUUUAAAGGCACGCCAAUUUAGUCACGCUUCGGACGUAUGGAUGUUUGGUGUGACGUUAUGGGAAAUGUUAACGUUCGGAGAGGAGCCUUGGGUUGGAUUGAAUGGAUCAGAAAUUCUUCGUAAGAUAGAUAGAGAGGGAGAAAGAUUGCACGAGCCUGAAGCAAUGCCACCUGUAAUGUAUGAUCUUAUGUUACGUUGUUGGGCCAGAGAACCGUCGGAAAGACCGAGUUUUGCUUCUCUGAAAGAAUUGUUAACCGGAAUGGUACCGUCGAUAAUGAAAGCCUUAAGUGAUUUCGACGAAGCUGAGAAAAUGACUAUAGAGCAGGGUGAUCAAAUCGUUAUUAUAGAUGGUAGACCAGAAAAUUAUUGGUGGAAGGGACAAAAUCAAAGAACUUAUCAAGUUGGGUUAUUUCCUCGUUGUUUGGUGGAUCCGAUGAGAAAAAAACAACCGGAGGAUAUAAGUAAACCUUUAGAAAAUUCAUUUAUUCAUACGGGACACGGUGCUCCUUUUGGAAAAAGUUGGGGUAGUCCUAUUUAUAUAGAUGACGUCUAUCUUCGAAAUCCAAUGGAACCGCCGGACAUUGUAGCUGUGGCCGGAGUUACGGAUAAUCAAAAGAAAAAAUUUUCGUGUGGCACGCCACGCUCGCGCAAACAAUUUAAUUACACGAAACUGCAAAACGACAUAAGGGCUAGUCCUGUGAAAUCAACUGUUCCUGUACCUGGUACCAGUCAAGAGGGUAGUCUGAUAGAUUUAUCGCCAGAGGAAAUAACUAAUACGAAUUCAUCUCACUCCGAUACGAACACGUGUCGGCGUGUAAUUAAUAUUCUUGAUGAGCCUAUAGAAACGGUCGAAACGAGAACACAAGAAGAACAUAAUCAACAGGAAGAUCCUCGAACAUAUGCUAAUUUCCCGGGCAAUCUGGAUCCAACAUAUUCUGAUCCAUUUGAUACUUCUUCCGUAUUUAUGAAACCACCGCAUUCUCGAUAUUACAGUCACGUACCAUCCGAUCCGACUAAUCAUUAUAAUAAGACCCAAUCCUAUGGAAAUAUUCAGAAUGAAGAAGUUAGUACCAGUCAGAAUAUAAAUGUUAAUCAAUACUCGACGAAUUUGAGUAAGAAUAAUAUAAAUGAAAGUGUUAAUUUAAAUGUUAAUGUUAAUAGUUCAGAAGGAAAUGCUUUCCCAGAGGACCAUUAUAGUGAAAUCGAUAAACUUCAAACUCCAUCCGUAUCAAAUUGGACAAGUUGGCCGGAAGACUUGCAAAAUGAUACACAAACUUAUGCUAACGUUGCAACUCACAAUUUGCCUACAACUUCCAAUGGACAACCUUCACCGCCACUACCACCGCCAUUGCCACCUCCCCCUCCUCCUAUAGGUCCCAACGAAAGCCCACCCAAACCUAAAUCUAAUCACGAUCUUGCCCAAAAUCUGAGCGAGUUAACUAUCAAUUCGCACAAUGUUACUUCGCCUAAAAAAUUGGAUCCGGCGUUUCUUGCUGAAUUAGAGAAACAUUUAGGAGAGAAAGAAGCAAGUAAAAAUACUAAUGCUACUCAACAACAUUCUAACGAAUCGCAUACGUAUACGUUGAUCAAUAAGUUGCAAGAUAAUUCGACUAUACCGGCACUGCGACCACCACCGCAAUCGAUUAAACCAAAAUCUCCGCAAAUGGAUCAAAGAACGAGCACUCAUUUACCAAGUAAAGUGCAAAAUUCGAUGCAAUCUAAAAAUACGAAUAUUCAGAAGCCAACGGUCCAACAAGAAAAUCGCUUCGUUGAAAGCACCACGGAUGCCAUUGUAGGACAAAUGUGGCAACAAGCACACUCCCAAGUACAUUUGCAAAGUAAUUAUUCCGUAUCGACGGAUCCAAAUGUUAAUCGCAUAUCACCGGUCGUAAAUAUGCCUCAGAUAAACGUGAAUUUACUUCAAGUUGCUCCUAGCAAUUUGAUUCAAGCGACGAGUAACUUGAAUAGCUCUCAAUAUGGUUCUAAAAGUGCCACAGAAACGGCUUCCAAUCACGCACAAAAUUUUACAUCCACGAGUCAAAACUACUUCCAACAACAAAACGUUCCCCUUCUAACUAUAAGUCGUAAUCAUGGUAUAACUCAAAUACAAAAUGAUUUACAACAGCCACAAUCUAGUGCCAGUAAUACAAAUACUAUUUCAAAGCCUGCUAUGUUUGCCACUGGUACGAUGUUUUCAGAACAAGUAUACGUUGAAUUGAAACAGACAGUACCUAAUUUAGAACAAUUAUCUCAAAAUGAAUUUAAUACCCUUUAUAAUAAGACUGUUCAACAGAAUAUACUCAGAAAUUACUAUGCUUCCGGUGCAUCGCCAGCAAAUACCAUUGUGGAUCAAAAUCUAAGUCAUAGUCAUGUAAAUUAUCAGGAUACAGCUAGCUAUAAUCUUCAACAACAACAGAUUCAAGCUGUUCAAGCAUCUCGAAACUAUGCACUUCAAAAUCACCCUUGCGAUUUUAGCCCGCAUUUAAAACAACCGCCUGUAUAUAAUCCUCCUCCGGCAUGGAGUCCACUUAAAUCGGUGCAAAAUGGUUUUAUAAGAAAUCAGCAUACUGUAAUGAAAUCAAAUUUAACAGCUAAUCAGAGUGGGAAUCCGAAUGUAUUGCAGUCUGUACAUAAUAAGCCGCAUCAAGCUAAUGCUGCGACGUCACAAACAUUACCAAUUUCCAAUGUACAGUCUCACAUGAACGAAACUGUUGUCAAUACUCAAUUAGCGCCUUCCACGUCGGCAUAUCCAUCUGGUGUUAGUCCACCUUUGACAGGUGCUUCACAGCAAUUAGUUAUGUCUCUCAAUGACGAAUUUCGUGCAACUAAAAUAAUGAGAGUACAAAGAGAUAUAGCGGAUGCGUCGCAACAAGAAAUUUUAGCUGCGUUACAAGCCACUGGAUGGGACACUGCACAAGCGGCCAAACAGAUUAUGAAAGACAGACUUGUUAAAUUAGAAUCCCUUAAAAGGUUAGGUUUGGCAGAUAGACAGCAAUGCGAAAAUGCUCUUAAGCAGACUGAUUACGAUGUAGAAAGAGCGGCUUCUCUGCUGCUAGAUCAAGCUAAAUAAAAAAUGAAUAUGAAUUAAUUUGAGAAAUGCAAAUGAUAUUAAUAUCAAGUAUUUCAUGAUUGCAAGUACAGUAAUCUCAGUUUUUUGAAUGCUUCAAAACAUUUUUAUAGAGCAUAUGAACUUGGAAAUCGUUGUUUUAGUUCAUUACUCUGAUAUUUAGAAAACGUUGCAUUCCAAUAAGACGAUAAAGGACAAAUUUGGAGUAUGCAGUUUUACUUAAUUGUACAGCAAAUGGCCAAAUAGAGAAAGGAAAUGUUUUUAUUCCAUUAAGCGAAGGAUGAUAUUGCAUAAUGUUUAUGCAUAAUAAUUAUUCAGAUAUAAGCGAAACGCAAAAUGAAAAGAUGUGAUGUUCUCUCCUCAUAUUAUUUUGAAGAUAUAUAUAUAUAUAUAUACACAUAUACAUACACACACACGCGCACACACAUACACAUACACGUACGUACAUGUUUUAACAAAGUAUGCUCAGUGAACAGUCCUUCAAAUUAAUUUCAUACAUACCCAUUUAAUAAAAAUAAGAAGGCUGCUGUAUACCUAACUUGUUUUAAAGUUAGACAUUAUUCGAUUAGCGGUUUAUUCAAAUGAUAUCUCGUAUUAACCUUUAAAGAGUCGUAUUAAGAUUGUUAAGGUCAUUUUCUAAUUAAGACCAUGAUCACGGAGAAAAAAAAGAAAAACAAACAGUGUUACGAAAAAGAUCAAUCUGAAACUGUGAUAUGCGUUACUAAAGGCUCUAGGUGGUAUUAUCGAAAAAAAAAAAAAAGUAUUCUCUCUUUCUUUUUAUUAUUAUCGAAUAUGAACAGUCGUUGGUCCGUUGGGAAAAUCGAGAAAAAAAAAGAAAAAAGGAAAAAAAAAAAGAAGAAGUGUACAUAAUAACUAGAAUUAUAAUUAGGAUGAAAUAAUCGAGUUUUUAAUUUAGAAAGUCUAAAGAUUAGAUAUGUAUUUGCAUACGUUUAUCGUGUGUUACGUAGAAGACUUAAAACCGGUGAUAUAUUGCGAUCAAUACGAUAGAAUUGGCGGCAAGUACAAAAUUAUAAAAGAAAAAAAAAAAAAGAAAAGAAAAAUGAUAUAAAAAGAAUAAACAUAGUUUGUGUCCAUGAUAAAUAUAAAUAUGUAAUUCGAAUUUCAAUGAUUUAUUUAAAUGUAAGUAUUUGUGCAUAAAAAACGUAAUGUAAUAUAAUCAUACGAUGUAAUAGCUCUCUUAUAUUAUAUGUUGCUCUUUUAAUUUAUUUUUUAAACAAUACAAAAUACAUAUGUAUAUUUUGUCGAUAGCGCGAUGUAACUAAAAGCGCUCUUAUAAUUUCAUUAAAUAACAUGAAUGAGUCAA